CAAUGUAUCGAUUUAUUAAUCGAAUAUAUGUGAAAUAUUACGGCCACUCUGAUUUGAAUCGAAUCUAAUCCUCCGCGAAAAUAUUUAAAUCCAUGUCCUGACGAAAUGACAGCUGCGGCAGAGGGAAUCGAUGGCGUCUACUCAGUCCGCUUGGUAAUCGCUGAUUUCUACAUGGAGAAGCCGCAGUUCGGCUUGGAUCCCUGUUAUUCGGAGCUGCGCGGCAAAGAGAUCAAGCGGGUUCCUGUGAUUCGAGUUUUCGGUGGCAACUCUUGUGGCCAGAAGACCUGCAUGCAUGUCCACGGAGUGUUUCCCUAUUUCUACAUUCCGUACGACAAGAAGGAUUUUGAAUCCCUUGAACGGGGAAUUCUGCAAAUAGCGUUGCACCUGGAUAAGGCUAUCAAUAUAUCCCUGGGCCAGGGCAGUUCAGACUCCCAGCAUGUGUUCAAAAUCCAACUGGUUAAGGGCAUCCCCUUUUACGGCUAUCAUCGUGUUGAACACCAGUACCUCAAGAUCUACAUGUUCAAUCCCCGAUUCGUGCGUCGAGCCGCCAAUCUUCUCCAGAGCGGCGCCAUUCUAAGCAAGAACUUCAGUCCGCACGAGUCUCAUGUGCCGUACAUCCUCCAGUUCAUGAUAGACUACAAUCUGUACGGGAUGAGCUAUGUGCACGUCCCACUGGAGGUGCUUAAGUUCCGUCGUAGUCACGAGGACGAGGUGAUCCCCUAUCCAAAUGUCAAGCCCACCCAGAUGCUGGAUACCAUAAGCGUGAAGAAAGUGGCCUGCAGUGCCUUAGAGCUGGAUGUGAGCUCCAACUUCAUACUGAAUCGUUUCCAGCUGGUGGCUAAGAGUAAGGGCAACCACACCAAUCCGGGCAUCGAGGCUAUCUGGAAUGAUGAAAAAGUGCGCCGCCAGAAAUUGGUCGAAAAGCACACUGCUACUGGCAAUGAGGAGAGAAUCCAAGGGGUACCAGUUUUGGAAUUGCCGCCAACACAAGAACGUCCCCAAAUAGAAAUUGCAGAAAGCGAUAUUUUCUACCGAACCGCUCUCGAAAGCAAGUUGAUGACACUAGAGCAGUCUACAAUAUCCGAGCAAACAUUUUCUGAUCAGACUACCCUUGCUAAUGCCACUAUGCAGACCACUUUGCCCGGCAGUAGAGAGCAAAAGCGAACUUUUAAUUUACAAAAGCUUCUAGCCAACGCCGUUUAUCCCGAGGAAUGUUCUCAGGAUCAGCAGCAACUGCUGGUAAAUGCUUCCUUUAUACAAAACCAUGUAACCUGCAGCAACGGGAGCAAUGAUAGCCUACAAGUGCCAAAAGAUGAAUCUGAAUACAUGGAUGGAACUUUAGUGGAUGAGGACCUAAUCCUGAGUCUCACACAGCCACAUGGAGCGAUGCCCCAUGAUGCCACCUUGAGAGAGGAAGAUUUGGAACUUUUGGAUGCGUUGCAGCUGUUGGAGGAGCAGAAUGAAAGCGAAUCCCAUGUAGAUUUGGAUAGCUCAUUGGCACCUUUAUCGCAGCAGCACAAAAAUUUCGCAUUGACACCUGAGCUGUUGGACAAAGAGACAGCAGCUGCUGCAGUAGGCACGCAUCCUUUAUUCGACGAAGACGGGGAUUCUGACGAAGAAGGAGACCAGGAAAACCGGCAUGAUUUUUCCACCGUGCUUGAUGAUGUCGAUGAGCUGCUACUUAAACUAACUCAAAGUCAGCCUAAGCCGGAGGAAUCAAAAAAUGUAAAAACUAAACUUCCACAAGUCGAUGGUGCUGAUGAUCACUUACAUCGGACACCCAAAAAGUUGUGCAGCCCCAAGCCAAAGGCGAGUCCGCCAAAGACACCUACAACUCCAAAACGCCAGACAAGUCUGUUAAAGACACCUCGCACUCCGAAAACCAGUGCGGCUAAAAAAUAUGCGCCACUGGCCUUGACUAUUGGGAGCAGUUCAGCAAAGAAAAACAACGAUGAAAUAUCAGAAAGAGUACCAAAUCCCCGCCUCAGUUUGCAGCUUGACCAACUACCGCGAUCAGAAAUACCUGGAAGUUCUCGGCCUGAAAUCUCACUUCGCAAAAAAGUAGCCAUGACGGAGUUGCGGCGAAAAAGUGUUGAGGAAUCAAAUAGUUUCAUCGAAUUGAAGAACGUUAUUACACCGCAGAGGAAUAACAGGCGAUCUACGCGCAACCUGGACAAGACACACAUUACCUGCUCUCUGACGCCACGAAAUAAGAAUCCCGUGCUAUCCGACAUAUUUGAAACAGCAGAUGGCGAGCAAAUACAGUCUGAGGAAGGGCCAAAGAAGCCGCGAAGAAGUACUCGUCACCAACCAAAGGAUAAUGCAACCAUGGAUGACUGUGUGGAGCCAAAGAAAAAACCGCGCAAAACCACCACGUCAAAAGGCAAUUCGGAUGAAGUGAAACCACGUCGCAGCGCCCGCCAUAAACAGAAUAUGAAUAAUCCUGAUGAGUAUUUUACUGAAAUAGAAAGACCAAAGCCAAAAGCAAGCCCUUCUAGUCAAGAUAAAAUUUCAAGGAAAACUGUUCUCGAAAGUAAUCACAACUUAUCAGAAAGUCCUGAAUUUGAAAAGACUGAAACUGUAAGAGCUGAGAAAAAAACUGACGCAACGGAAUCAAAAGGCGCCCCUAAGCAAAAGGAAAAUGUUAUUAUUGAACCGAAUAUACCCCAUAAUACAGGUUCGACCAAAAAUGAAGAGGAAAUUAAUAUUAUUGCAAAACCAGAAACUACUAAUCAGGCUGCCGAAAAGUUACAUGAACUACUAAAAGGGGAACCAUCAAUUGACCCUUCUGGAGAGCUAGAAAGUCCUAGUGAGAAUGGUCCGUUCGCUGUUAGCGAGGAUGAGGUAAUUGAAUCCGACACAGAGACCGACAACCUACCCACCAAACUUCGUAAAACACCCAACUUGAGGCGUUUGCGAAGAAGCUUUCGUUCGGAAUUGCCUACCAAGCAGCUAACUCCCAUCUCAAGCAAAUCACCUCUUGAGAUUCCGACAACUCCACAGUUGAGUCCCAAAAGCAAUGAAAGCCGCACACCAGAGCUCAUGAGAAGUUUCUAUGAACAUUCGCUAAUUGUCAACAGUCCGUCGGUCUUUAGUGACAUGUUAGAUAGUCCCAUGAUGUCUAUGGACUCUCCACAGCCUGCUCCUGACCGCUCCAAUGACAACUCCCUUGUGAUUACUCCUUUGGAGGUGCCUCCUUCUUACGAUGAAGUCGUUCGCGGUUGCAAAAAGAUGGACAUACCCGAAUACGAGUUCCAGCAGCCUUUCUACAGCAAUCCCUCCGAUGUGAGCAAGGUAACGGAGGUGGGCUUUCUCGUGCUACACAUCCCUGGGAACAAGCUAAAUGACUGCGAGCCCUUUCAAAGUGUCCUGGGCAAUGAUCGGGGGUUAAACAAGUGGCGGCGACAGCAACUAGUAGCGAUCGGUGGCCCAGCGAUGUUGCAGCGACAUCGGGGUGAACAAAAGAUGCGGGAGUACUUUAGCACCAAGCAAAGGGUAGAGAUCGAGCCUGCGCAGCCUGCACCUACCUGGAAAGAAGCCAAGAUCUGGCUGAAGGCAAAGGAACUUCUGCGGCAGCGUGAGGAACCAACGAAAAAUUCUGAUGACAUAGACAGCCCCAUCAAGAUCAAACGCCAGAAGAUAACUAUGAUGCUGCAGGCUGAGGAAGGGGGUGAUGCGAGUGGUGAUGAAGGCUCUGGUGAGGAUUUGGAGUGCAGCCUAAGCCUUACACCCCUGUCUCAAGCUAAGGAUAAAGCCAAGGCAACCCCUAUAAGUAGCAAAGCUAAAGAAGGUACAACGAUUAGCAGAAAACGCGGAACCAAACUCAACUUUAAAGAAUGCCAGGAAGAGGAACCAGCCAGCUCCCAGUCCAGCGAACAGAGCGUCUCCAGUAGCGCCGCUCAGGCGGUCCUAGAGAGGAGUUCCUUUCUACGCCAGUUGGAGGGCAACAGUCAGAGGCAGCAACACGACCUCAGCUUUGGACUUAGCCACGCCACAUUGGAUAACACGUUCGGCUUUAAGGUUAAUUUGGAGAACCUACAACAGGCCAAAGCGGACGUUGAUUGCAACCACCUGACAAUUAUAACUUUAGAGGUAUUUGUGUCCACGAGAGGGGAGCUUCAACCAGAUCCGAUGCACGACGAGAUUCGCGUUUUGUUUUAUGCCAUUGAGCAUAGUUUGCCGGAUGAAAAUCUACCUAGCAAGGCAUGCGGCUAUAUAAUGGUAAAUAAUGCCCAGGACUUACUUAGUGAAGGAUUAAUUCACGGUCUAGAUCGCGAUAUUGAAGUGCAAGUGGUUGCCAAUGAGGCCGAGGCAUUUGAGGCGUUGCUGACCCUGUGUGGACGGUGGGAUGCUGAUAUAUAUGCUGGAUACGAGAUCGAGAUGUCCUCCUGGGGUUAUGUUAUUGAUCGUGCUAAAUAUCUGUGCUUCAACAUCGCUCCUCUGCUUUCACGAGUUCCCACUCAAAAGGUCCGAGACUUUGUGGACGAAGAUCGGGAGCAGUUCACCGAUCUUGAUGUGGAAAUGAAGCUCUGCGGCCGUAUUCUGCUAGACGUAUGGCGUCUGAUGCGUUCCGAGAUCGCCUUGACGUCGUACACUUUCGAGAACGUGAUGUACCAUAUCUUGCAUAAGAGAUGUCCUUGGCAUACUACCAAGUCCCUCAGCGAAUGGUUCGCCUCGCCCUGUACCCGGUGGAUAGUGAUGGAGUAUUAUUUGGAACGGGUGCGUGGCACUUUGGCUCUCUUGGAUCAGUUGGACUUACUGGGACGCACCACUGAAAUGGCCAAACUCAUUGGAAUCCAGUUCUACGAGGUUUUGUCGCGUGGUUCGCAAUUUCGCGUGGAAAGCAUGAUGCUAAGAAUCGCCAAGCCAAAGAACCUGGUACCACUUUCACCUAGUGUCCAAGCUCGAGCUCAUAUGCGUGCGCCGGAAUAUCUAGCUCUCAUCAUGGAGCCACAGUCACGCUUUUAUGCGGAUCCACUUAUCGUGCUUGACUUUCAGAGCUUGUACCCCAGCAUGAUUAUUGCAUACAACUACUGCUUCUCCACCUGCUUGGGUAGAGUAGAGCAUCUGGGUAGUAGUUCCGCCUUCGAGUUUGGGGCCUCGCAGCUGCGCGUGCCCCGCCAGAUGCUGCAGAAACUAAUGGAACACGAUCUUAUAACCGUUUCGCCAUGUGGUGUGGUGUUCGUAAAGCGGGAAGUGCGCGAGGGCAUCCUGCCACGCAUGCUUACUGAGAUCCUAGACACACGCCAAAUGGUCAAACAGUCGAUGAAGCUACACAAAGAUAGCUCAGCCCUCCAACGGAUUCUUCAUUCCAGGCAGUUGGGCCUUAAGCUGAUGGCCAAUGUCACAUAUGGUUACACGGCUGCCAACUUUAGUGGCAGGAUGCCUUCGGUGGAGGUCGGUGAUUCUGUGGUUUCCAAGGGACGGGAGACCCUGGAGCGGGCAAUUAAACUAGUAGAGAUGAAUGAGAAGUGGAAGGUGCGUGUCGUCUAUGGCGAUACGGACUCUAUGUUCGUUCUUGUCCCCGGCCGAAAUCGAGCCGAAGCCUUUCGAAUCGGCGAAGAGAUUGCUCAAGCCGUCACCGAGAUGAAUCCGCAUCCGGUAAAGCUAAAGUUGGAAAAGGUCUAUCAACCCUGCAUGCUACAGACCAAGAAGCGUUAUGUGGGCUACAUGUACGAAACUGCCGAUCAGGCCCAACCUGUCUACGAAGCCAAGGGCAUUGAAACUGUGCGCCGGGAUGGCUGUCCUGCAGUGGCCAAGAUGCUGGAAAAGGUGCUGCGAAUCCUGUUUGAGACCCAAGACGUUAGCAAGAUCAAAGCGUACGUGUGCCGACAGUUCACAAAGUUGCUUUCCGGCAGGGCCAAUCUGCAGGACCUAAUAUUCGCUAAAGAAUUCAGAGGUCUUAAUGGUUACAAGCCAACGGCCUGUGUACCAGCACUGGAACUAACACGAAAAUGGAUGCAAAAGGAUCCCAGACAUGUGCCGCGUCGCGGUGAACGCGUGCCCUUUAUAAUAGUCAACGGGCCGCCGGGCAUGCAGCUUAUCCGACUGGUGCGCAGCCCUCACGACAUCCUAGCCAACGAGGGUCACAAGAUCAACGCGAUCUACUACAUCACCAAAGCAAUUAUUCCACCGCUGAAUCGCUGUCUGCUUCUCAUUGGAGCCAAUGUGCAUGAUUGGUUUGCAAGUCUGCCAAGGAAGUUGCUCAUGACGCCAGCUGUAGGGACGGCCAACGAACUGGCGGGUGCAAAAGGCGCCAAGUCAACCAUCUCCCAGUAUUUCUCCACUACCAGCUGUGUGAUUGAUUGUGGUCGCCAAACCAAGGCAGGCAUUUGUCCAGAAUGCCUGAAGAACGCCAGCAAAUGUGUAGUUUUUCUUUCGGAUAAAACAGCUCGUCUGGAGAGAAGCUACUACCUAACCCGGCAGAUCUGCCAGGCUUGUUGCGGACGGCUAGGUAACCUCCAGUGCGAUUCCCUCGACUGCCCUGUACUUUAUGUGUUGGAAGGGAAGCGGCGGGAACUGCAGCAAAUCGAACACUUUAACAAGCUGUUGGGGGAUCACUUCUAAUUCAAACAUACGGAAUUUCUCAUUCAUAAGGGAUGUUUAUAUAUUUUAACUUUCAGCACGCUUACAAAAGUUAAAAUUACAUUCAUUGCUUCAGCCAGCGUUUCUAAACAUGUACAUAGCUUAUCCACUACUUAUGCAUUUCGGGUGAUUCUGUUGUGUGUAUAAUACUAGAGGAAUUGUUAACUAUUGAUAUUGUUGUAAGUUUAUCGUGUUAUGAUUGUUUUGUGAGCUAUGAGCAUGCAGCCAAUAAAUGAAUGUUUAAAUGUUUACUUAAAA